CUUGGGCGCGCACGCAUGACGCCGCCGCAAGCGGGCAGCACGGAGCCGCCGACCUCGCCCGCGCCUGCGUCGUGUUCACGCUCAACUGUUUUGGCCACCUCGCCGACGGCGUCACCGGCGGCGCACCGACGCUCUUCUGGCUGGCGAGCAAGUUCACGCACCGCUGCCUGCGGCCGAACAGCGUCUUCCACGGCGAGGGCGGCCGGCUCCACGUGCGCGCCGUGCGCCCAAUCGCAAAGUGCGACGUGCUGACGAUCUCGUACCUCGGUGUCUGGGCGCACUGCACUGCGCCGCUGCGGAGGGGGCUUCUGAUGCGCACAAAGGGCUUCCGAUGUCGCUGCGAAGACUGCGCCGCGCCCGACGCGGGGCACGGCAGGCCUGCUGCUCGGCGCGCUGGCGGUGCCACGCGUGGGCGAGGAGGAGGGGGCGGCGGGGGGCGGUGCUUUCCUGCUGCACUCUCCCGCGGCCAGCCAAGGCGGAGGCGAGGAGGCGCGCGAGGGGCCUGGCGACGAGGCGCGCGAGGGCGGCUGGUGGUGGGUGUGCUCGCGGUGUGGGCGGCGGUUUGAUUCUGCGACGGUCGACGUGCCGUGCCGCGCGCCGGACCUCCGAGACAUUUCCGAGACACUUCCGAGACACCUCCAAGACACCUCCGAGACAAUUCCGUGCCGCGCGCCGGACCCGCUCGUAUCCAUCGAGACCUACGCGGCACUCUCGGAGGCGGAGGGCGUCGACGGCAACUAUGUGUGCGAGGGCCUCGGUUGGGAGUCUGAGAUCGUCAAGGAGCGCCUCCGUCUCUCCCUCGCACCGAAUGAGCAGGCGCAUCUCGAGUCGAUCAGAGUGGCCCCCCCUGGAGACGCGUCGUCGUCAGGUGGAGGGAGCGGAGGAGGGAGAGGAGGAGGCGGCGGAGGCGACGACGGUGUAGGCGGGGAGAGAGGAGCCGGAGGAGGCAGUGGAGGCGGGGAGAGUGCAGGCUGGCAAGGGGGAGGGAAGUGGCCGCUGCGGCUCGCGCCGGGAGGGCUGCUGAGCUGGGAGCGGGAGCUCGGCGAGGCAGUGCACAACCUGCUGCACCAGCUGCUGCCGGGCCGCGGCGGCGAGGCGCGCAGGCGGCGCGGCGGCGUGCACCCUACGCUGCGCAGCAUCGGCGGGAUGAUCCGCGCAACCGAGGCGGUGCUGGGCGGCGCGCACUGUGUGCCGAUGGCGCUGCGCGACCUGCAGCUCGACCACUGGCUCGACACGGCCGCGGAGGUGGCCGAGUCCGCGGGGGCGGCUGGGCCGGCAGAGGCGGCAGAGGCGGCGCUGCUCGACGCGCUGCGCGACGGGGGCGGCGUGAGCUUCGAGAGCGCGCUCGCCUUCUUUGGCGCGGCGUGGGAGGCGCUCGCGGCGCAGUGGGCGUGGCACUUGCGGUGCGGGCUGCUAAUGCUGCACGAGUCGGUGGGCGAGCUCCUGCGCGCGCUGCUCGAGUGGCGGCUCGACCGCGCCUUCUUGGCGGCCGACGCGGCGCGCGCCGAGGCGGUGCGAGCGAUGGUCGCCGCGUCCGUUGAGCGCGCCACCAUCGAGUACGGCGCGGCCUCCGACGACACGACAGAGCUUUUGGGCUUGUGGGAGCGUGUGCAGACGGGGCGGGGUGCAGAGUGACACACAUCGAGAUCUCUACAUGUGCAUGUGCUAGACACCGGUAUAUUUGUG